UUUUUGGAGCAUUUAUCUUAUCGCUAUUUUCUCACUUUCUCAAAUUAAGAAAGCUCCAGCACAAACGACAGAAUAUUUCAGGGCCAAUGGACGUUAUGGACGAAGAUUACGAUGCGCCCUUAUUCGAGCACCAACCUUCUUCGAACAAGAAUAAUGCCAGCAGUAAUAAUGAAAAAAAGGAUGAUUCUUUUCAGCAAAAGCUAAUCGCACCUUCCGAAUACGAUAUAUCGGAUUCAGAAGAUGAAGCCCUAAGUUCUAUCGCUGAUCGUGACCAGUUUGAGGGUCUCAACUUACCUUCUCGUCUGAAGGAUAUUUUAUUGUUCGAUCGUUCAGAAACUUUCGGCAACGAUGUCAUGCGUGCUGAUGAAUCGGAUUCCGAUAUCGAUACCACGCCGCUCCUACUGCCGCAUACAAAUAAAAUGGAUAUUAAUAAAUUGAACGAAAAGCUGACACAAGAUAAAACUAAAUUUGCUAACUUCCCUCUCAUGCGACCUAAUAACGAUGAUGAUGACGAUAAUGAGAAUGAUAACCGAACAGUAAAGAAAAAACCGAAAAAUAAAUCGACUCCAGAGACAAAGAAAAAGAAGAAGAGAAGGAGAAGACCGACAGCAGAAGAAAAAGGAAAAGAACGGAUGGAUGUAUUGAACCAAGCAGAUGAAAGGAGGAGAACCAAGUUGGAAGAUCUAUUGAAUAAAUUUCGAGAGGAAGAAAGUGAGGAUAGUUAUGAUUCUGAUGCUAUCGAAGCUGACAUAAAUGCGAGAUUGAACGGACCAUCCAAAAAGCAAAGAGGCAAGCCAUCAACAGGGCGAAAAACAAGAAAAAAAACAACGAAUAUACAUGCAGUGGAUGAAAAUGGUGAACGAGUAUAUCGUAAAGCGGAUUUGCUUAAUGAUACUUCGUCGAGUGAAGAGGAUGAAACUCAACGAAAAUUAUCCAAAAAGCAGGAAAUGGAAAUGUAUCGUGAAGCAGAACGUCGUCGCAGAAUGGAGAAAAUCAGUCUAAAACCUGUUUACAAUAUAAAAUCUUAUGACGAACUCAUUAAACGUCAUGAUGAAAAAGAACAACAGUAUAUAAAGCAGCAGGAGAUGGAGAAGUUGAAGAAGGCUCAACCACAGCAACAGGCGGGACCUAACCAGGAUGAUAGCGAUAGUGAUAUAGAAAUUAUAAAUAAACCAAGUAUAUUGAAUCCCUCAGUGUUUUUAUCUCCUGAACGCGCUCGCUUUCCACUUGCCACAGGGUUUUCACCAGUUCGCCAUGUGGGUUCAAGUGUUCUGCGGCAACAAAACCAGGAAUUAAUUUCGCGGAUCAUUAAUCAGGGUUAUCAGCAGCGUAUGAAAUUAGAGCAACAGGCUAGAGCGCGUGGUCAAUAUGUCACGCCAACAGAGAGAGCUCGGCAACUACUUGAAAAAGAAAAGAAUGCCCGACUGAUCAAUGAGGAAGUUAAAAAACAUCUUGAGAAGCAGAAACAGCAACAAGAAAAUUAUUACGAGAAUGAUGACGAUGACGAAGAGAUGGACGGAGACUAUAUCGAUGACAGCAUAAACAAUUAUUCUGAAGCUGAAGAUGACGAUGAUGUAAAGUUCAGAAUAGAGGAUGCUGAUGAAGUGAAGCGUACUAAUAACAGUAGUAAAAGCAACCGAAAAUUCAAUAAUAUCAACGCUGAAUCAGAAGAAAACAAUAAGAAAAAGGAUGAAAGUGUUCCUGAUAAUGAUAGCGAGGAUGAAGAAGACUCAAUGGCAGUAGCUUUCAGACGAUGGAAGGGCAAAAAGGUGAAAAAAUCCACGCUAUUUGAUGAUGAUGACGAUGAUAGCGAGGACGAGAAUAAGCCUGUCAGUAAAAAAGCGCCAUUAAAACCAGAACCAGCCCACUCCAUCGUCAAUUUCUUUAAAGCAAAGGAAAAGCAGAAUUCAAGGGCUACUGAGGACUAUGACAGAACCAAACCACUUAAUCGACUUAUACGCCGUAAUAGCGAGGAAACUGCGGGCAAUGAUGCACCAGUAACCGCUAACGAAAUAGCAAAUAUUAUGGAUGAGGCAGACACCGCUGAUGACAUGGAUAUUGACGCUUCCGAUGAAAAUCAUGAGAAAUCUGCCAAGCCUGUAUCGAAGCCGAAUACUAUUAAGCCUAAAUUUAAUUUGAGUAAGAACGAAUACUUCGAAGCAGAGGCUGAAGAAGAAGAGGAUGAAUAUUUUGGUGUGGCAGGAGAAGACGAAGAAGAAGGCGAAGAUCUCGAUGAAUAUGAGAAGGAUGAUCUUUUAGUAGAAGAUAAUAAUGAGCAAAUAGAUGAAGCAGCAUUACGAGAGGCUUUCAACAAACAGGAUAAAGAAAGCGAUGAAAAUAUGAUCAGUCGCUUGAUUACAGACAUAACUAGUGGUGGGUUGCGUAAACAGAAAGCAGCAGCGGCAGCAGGACUGUUAUUAGAAGAUGUGGAGCUGUACGACGAUGACGAUUUAGUCGCUAUUCGUAGAGCAGCCGAAGCUCGACGACGUAGAAUGAUGGAAAAGAAGGGCGGCGAUACGUUAGAAAAUCUCAGCAACGACCCAAAAACCGCUGCCUUCGCGAAAGCAGCCGAGCCUAUUGCUGACACUGUUCCUAUAGUUUUGAGUGACGAUGAAGAUGGAGAGGAUGCAAAGGAAGAAAAUAAAGAUGAAGAGAAGAAUGCAGAUGAGUAUCAGGAUGAGGAUGAGGAUGAAGAUAUGGAAGAAAGUGAAGAUAUUCCAGCGCCUAUGUACCGAAGACGUAUCAUUAGCGACGAUGAAGAAGACGACGAUGAAGAGCAGCAAGAAUUACUUGAUGUGGAGAAUGGAUCAACCAGACAGCCCCAUGUGCCUUCUGAUUUCUUAUUGAAUGAUACUUCAGACGAUAGUGAUGACGAAAAAUUUGCUAUUGUGGACUUAAAUGAUACCAAUGCUACAACAAUGCAAAAGUGUAAAUAAUUGCGUAGCUUAUUGCUACAUUAUUCAAAUAAUACCUUCUCUUAAAACAUUACGUAACGUUAUAUCCGAAACGAGAUUGAUCCGUUAUCUAGUAGAUUCACGAUCUGUCCGUUUUAAUUCACAUUGCAUACGUUCAGUUUAUAUAAAGCAAGUUUAACACUCUAAUGAAGCUCUAAUGGGCUGAAUAUCGAAG